AUGCCUUGGAUGCAGACCUUGGCCUUUGUCUUGAUAUGUGCUUGCCGCACCAUCCGAGCAGUGUCGGAAGAAGCUUGCCACGUAGAUGGAGACACCUGCCACGAGGUAGAGCAGCUCGCCGUCACUAUGUUGCAAGCCCACAUUGUGGCGAGGGAGAGCAGUUCUCGAGCACAGCCCGACUACCAUUGGGCAUCAGGGCGCGGUAACUUCCCAGACUACGCAGUGUCCCAGAAUGUGGCACCUUUUAACCUGAGCAGAAGUUUGGCGUGGAGCUGGCAUCAUCCAGAAGGUCGGUUCGCAACGUUAACGUACGGCACAGCAAUCGACGAAGAUGGCAAUAUCUAUCUAUCGGCAGCAGAUGGCAUGAGGAAAUUCGACACAAAUGGUGUGCUGCAAUGGGCAUAUAUUUCGCUCCCAGCAGAGGUCAUGAAUGCACCGGCAUUGUACAAAGGUAGGGUGUAUGGUAGCAGCACAACGGGACACGUCUUCUGCCUAGAUAUGCAAACCGGCCAGGAAGUUUGGAAGACACGUGUUUCCGAGGCGAUAGGCCAGGACAACGGCUUCAACAUGGUGCACAACGGGGUUGCACUUGCUGCCUGCGACUGGCGUUUGCCGUCUUCUUACGGCCCAGCCAACCAGAAACUGAAGGCUUUGAAUGCUAGCACUGGCGAAGAGAUGUGGACUUUUGAGCCAGACACGCCAGUGUGGAACUUUCUUCCCCUUUUUGUGGAGGGUGGAUCCUUCAUGUUCCAGGAUAUGACUGGGAAGGUGUACAAUCUCUGGUUGGACACAGGUCACUUAGUUUGGAAGGCAGGUGGUCGUGAGGGGACUUGGACUGAUGGCGGCAUUGCCUUGGGUCCAAACGGUUUAGUAUACGCAGUCAACAAAAAUCACCCAGUGCCCAUGGCACCGGCCAAUCCAUACAGUCCCGAGCCCAUGGUGCUGGUGAGCGAGUACAGCCCGGGCACGCUCAGUGCUUACAACACAAGUGAUGGACACCUCAUGUGGAAAGUGACCACACCUCGCCCUCCAAACAACGCGCCAGCUGUCGGCAAAGUCUUGAACCUGCCGGGUACUUCAGUUGUGAUGCCAUUGUGCCAGCAGGUUCAUAUCGGAGCCUUUUGCGAUGUUCAAGUCCAUGAUGCCGAAACUGGCGGUUUGCGGUGGACCUUUCAUGGUCCGGCCCAGACCGGGCUGUACCAGGCCGCUGAUGCCGAGGGAUUUGCGACUCGGCUUGCGCAUGGAGUCCGCGGGAUGUGUUUACCGAAUGGCUGGAGUGCACCCACGAUCGAUGCUGCUGGAACUGUAUUCGUCGGCAACGAGGAGGGAAAAUUCUUCGCACUCAGGGAUUUGGAUGGAGACGGCGUUGUCUCCGGACAAGAUGAGGUGGCUUUCUAUGACACUCAUGCUGCUUUCGCUGGCUCAUCCAGUCCAGCUGUUGCCCCGGGCAUGGUUGCAGUAGCUUCCUGUGACUCCCUUUUUGUCUUCAAGUGA